AUGCUUAAUACUAUAAUUGCUAGAAUUGCAUACACCUCGCCCGUGCUGCAUCCUCGGGUGACGAGUAGCAGCACAAAUGAGACCUUCGUCUUCACCAAUCAAAAUGGCCUCAACUUCACUCAGAUGAAUAUGAGCCUCCCCAAUGUGACCAUCUUUGCCACGGGUGGAACAAUUGCGGGUUCUAGUGGUGAUACCACAGCCACAACUGGCUACUCGGAGGGUAGUGUGACCGUGUUGAACUUAAUCGACGCUGUUCCUGCAGUACUCGAUGUCGCCAAUGUGGCGGGCGUGCAGGUCGCGAAUGUCGGCAGCGAGGAUAUAACUUCGACCAUCCUUCUCAGUCUUUCGAAAAUGAUCCACAAAUACGUUUGCGAAGACCCGACCAUGAGUGGCGCUGUUAUCACCCAUGGCACUGACACAAUGGAGGAGAGUGCAUUCUUCGUGGACGCCACUGUGAACUGCGGCAAGCCGGUCAUCAUGGUCGGUGCUAUGCGACCCGCUACCGCUGUCUCCGCUGAUGGCCCUUUCAACCUGUUGGAAUCUGUCACAGUGGCAGCUGACCCAAGUGCUAAGGACAGAGGCACCAUGCUAGUAAUGAAUGACAGAAUAGCAUCGGCCUACUAUAUGACCAAAAUGAACGCCAACACUCUCGAUACCUUCAAAUCCGUCGAGAUGGGUUAUCUGGGCGAACUGAUCUCGGAUAAACCUUACUUCUACUAUCCGCCAAUGAAGCCGACAGGCAAGGCGGCAUACGAUAUCAGCAAUGUUACUUCGAUUCCAAGAGUCGACAUCCUCUUUUUCUACGAGGACAUGCACAAUGAUACUCUCUACAACGCUAUUGAGGCCGGCGCUAAAGGCAUUGUAAUUGCUGGAGCGGGAGCCGGUGGUGUGAGCACCAGCUUCAAUUAUGCCAUCGAGGAUGUUUUAAACAGAUUCGAGAUUCCAGUGGUCCAAAGCUUCCGGACCGCCAGUGGAGAGGUCCCUCUGAGUGACAUUAGCAGCACGACAGCAAGCCACAUUGCUAGUGGAUACCUGAACCCGCAAAAGUCAAGAAUUUUGCUAGGUCUGCUUCUUGCACAUGGAAAAAACUUGACCGAGAUUGCGGAUGCAUUCUCCGGAUCAGUAGAUGACUAG